AUGGCGGACAGGAAAUGCACCGUGGUUAUCAAAAACGACGACGCCGACCCGAACGAGCGACAUAAGUACUUUGCGUAUUUUGUCGAGCAGGACGUCGCUGGCGGGUCGCUCACCCAGACACUGCAGCCCGUUUUCUUUUCAACAGAAGGUCUCGAGUCUGGUGAUCAAGCCGACUUCAAAGUCUCCUCGCAGCUCUAUGCCGUCAUUGCCAAACGCAAGGGAUUUCACGCAGGACGUUCGAUUGGGAACAAAGAAGAGAUCUCCCUGAUAAAGGCUGAGAAGGUCGAUAUCGGCCGUAGAGGUGAUGAUGGCACCGCUCUAGUUGUCAAGUGGGACAACAACCGGGCUCGACCGGUGUUCGACGGGAGCCGCAAGGAGAUGUCUGCCACGAGCGGCCGUUUCAGCAUAUUGUGCGACGCAUCCAUCCCACACAGCAACGCAUUCGUGGUCGGGCUGGCUCGCAGGAUUGGUACCGAUAUGCUGCGCCCUGUUGCCAUUGUGCCCUGCGUGUCCAGCAAAGACUACCUGUUCAGCCCCAGGGAAAAGAUCUACAUUGAGCGAUGCAAAUCUGCGAAUGAACCCAUUGAGAAUGGGAUCAUUAUGUCCGCCAGUACAAGGGACUUCGGCAUGAGAGUCUGUUUGCCGCUACGAUUUGAUGGAGAGGACAUUAGCGUGAGCGAAAAGCUAGGACGCUUCUAUGUCGACAACUUGCCUGGCCAAGCUACGUACGUGGCGGCUGAAGAGUCCGAAUAUGACGAGGGGCCUGUGCCAGCCCGGCGCCGCACACCACCAGCGCCUCCGCCGCCCCAUCCGGCCUCAACAUCUGGAAAUCCCUACUCGACCUCGACGCCGCGACCCUCAAAUCAGGACAGGAGCCGAUUACAUUCAGACCCGCCGGCCAGAGAGCCGAAUCGCGAAGAGCACGGCUCCGCCAGAACGUGUUCGCAUCCACCAAAUGCCGUGCCCAGUGAACAUCCCACUGAUCAUAGCCGCCCGUCUGCUCCAGAGUCCAGCUCUGGUGGUGGACGGGCCUCUGAUAAGGCUCACCAAUCCUCGCCGGACCCGAACCAGCAGGCCCCUAGCUUCGCUCACGAACCCCCCCGCAACAGCGCCACUACAGGGCAAGCUUCCUGCGAAGCUAGACCUGAGACGCGAAACCAGGGUGGAGAGACUCCGGAGCUCAGUGGCCCGGACGACAAAACAGACGACGAAUCAGACGACGAGGCGCUGCUGUCGUUCGACCGGCUCCGCAACUUCCACACAGUGUUCGUCGUUGACGACACCGGCUCAAUGCUUCUGCCUGCCUGUGGCGACUACACCGGCAAGCGGCAGGUGCCGCCUGGCUUUAAGGGGCGAACGCGCUGGGCCAUGGUGCUCGACGCGCUGCAGUACAUCGCCGACAUCGCUGCGAAGCACGACGAGUCCGGCAUCGACGUGUAUUUCCUGGUCCAGUCCUGGCUCCAGCGCCAGGGCAUUAGGUCCGGCAGUGUUGUUCGUGACUUGCUGGAGAGGAGAGGGGGGAGCCUCAGGUACGGCAGCGGGCCCACCAAGUUCGAGCCGGCCCUGCGGCCCAUCCUGGAGGGCCAUUUGGAAGACUAUCGCGAAUCGAAGAAGCCUGGGUCUGAGACCGCAAUGCCCAGGCCGCUAGACCUGAUCGUGCUGACGGACGGGGUUGCGAAGGACAAGAAGCAGACCGAAUCCCUGAUCGUGAAGACGGCGCAGGACUUGACCAGACUGAGGGCUGUACCGCGCCAGAUUGGAAUCCAGUUUGUGCAGGUCGGAGAGGACAGGAAUGCCAAGGAGUUUUUAAAACACCUCGAUGACGGCAUAAAGUCACAGGGUGUGCGUGAUAUUGUUGACACGAAACGUUACGAUAACCAGGAGGGUGGGUUGCCUCUUAAGGAGCAGCUCGCCAAGAUUUUACUCGGGGCAAUGGACGAUGACAUUGAUGAGGAAGAGUAG